CGAGCAGCUGCCAUGUCGGAGUGCUCUCUGGAUUGCAUAUCGACUCUGAAGUGUCGUCGACGGAAAGGACGCUUUCUCCCUGGGGCCGCCACUUGUUAUUCAUCACUCACUACUCUCACCCAUCGUCCACUACGGACGCUCGCCACCCAAUGCCCAAUGCCCAAUGCCGCCGCACAUGCCACAUGUGUCUAUCGGUUCUGCGGUUGCAUCGGCUACAACCAUUAUCUCCUGCAGCAUGGGACCCGUCCUUUCUUGGGGAUGACCACCAAGUCAACACUGGCAGCCCUGUGAUGAAUGCCACGUUCCGUCUCUGUCAAAUUUCGACGCCAAUGUUGAGCGUUCUUAACGGCCCCAAGCACCUCAACACACCUCCACGGCGCAGCGCUGUUGGGCGCAGAGCGCAACAAGAGCUUGAGGAGUGGUGGAGGGCGCUCCCAAUAUCGUUCAAGCAGACGUCUGAGUCACUCCCGCGAGGGUCUGUGCAGUCGUCGUGGCCAAUGUCAAACUGGAUGAUCGUGCGCUACAACGCAUACAAGAUCCUGGCACACCGCAUGAUAUCCGAGCGCCACUCGCUUGGUGCAAUCAAAAGCGCAAGAGAGAUCGUCAACUGCUUCCGGAGCCAUCCGGCCCUGUCGUCUCCCUGCCAGCAUGUCUUCCAGCGUUCGCUCAUGGUCCACUAUGCCUUGAUGACAGCGACGCUCAUGAUCGAUGCCAUCCUCGGUGCGCCAACGAACAAGUCGCUCUCGAGGAAAGAUCUUCUCUUUCUCGUCAACGACCUGAACGAGACGCUGUUGUUUCUGAGUAACCUUCAUUCUGAUGUCGUUGUGUUUUUGCGACUCUUGAUCGAUAAGUGCGUGCAAAGGCGCACAAUGUUCAAGCCGUCGAUCAGUACUCCCGAGCCCAUCGCGCAACUACAAUAUGCGAGACAGCCUGCAAAGGAGAGCGUCCAAGCCGCUUUGGUGAUCCCCGUUGACGAAGCCGCAGCACCGCUCAUCAUUGAUGUCACUCCUGAGCGACUCAUUGCCAAGCAAGAUCCUGGGUUGCAUCUCGUGUUGCCACGGCACUGGGCUGAACCUGUUGUUCGUGGUCAAAGCACAAGCCUGAUUCCGUAUGCGGGGACAUCGCUGCUCCCAUGGAUGCCUUUGGACUUUGAUGAUAUGCGAAUGAUUGCUCCGAUUGGUUCGGCGGCUGUCCUCGAAGCCCCAGGGAUGCCCAGCACCAGCGACUGCUUCAUGCAGACGUUUGACUUGGGCACGAUACCGAACAUGCCGAACAUGCCGAACAUGCCGAACAUGCCGCGUGUGCCGACUCAAGAGCCUCAGCAGUCCGAAGAGCUGCAGUUGGAGACUAUUUUGCGAGAGCUCGAGGAUUGAGCUGAGCACCAAGUUGAUUGUACAGACAUGGGAUGGCCGAAUCCCUAGCAGCCGAAGAGUGGCUGCAGUCUCUACUGCAGCCCGCGAUCUCAACGCGAUGGCUUCCUUGGCCAGUAUUGCAGCCCAAGCAGACACUUUGCAAGAGCUUGCUGGACGGAAUGCACUCUUCCUGAAUACAUCGUUGUAUGUUUGCGAAUCA